AUGGGUGCGGGCAAACACAAGUACCAGUUUAUAUUCUUAAGAAAACGACCCAGCAACCACAAGUACCAGGUUGGAGUAUUCUCAGCAACGAUGCCACCAGAAGCUCUUAAUAUCACAAGGAAAUUCAUGAGCAAACCAGUGAUGAGAAUCUUGGCGAAACGUGAUGAGCUCAAACUUGAAGGUAUCAAGCAAUUCUACGUGAACGUGGAGAAAGAAGAGUGGAAGCUCUCGACUCUCUGCGAACUUCAUGAGAUUAUAGCUGUCACUCAGAGUGUCACCUUCGUCAACACUCGUCGUAAGGUUGACUGGCUCACAGACAAAAUGAGAAGCCGUGACCACACAGUCUCAGCAACUCAUGGAGACAUGGACCAAAACACAAGAGACAUCAUCAUGAGAGAAUUCAGGUCUUCCUCUGGUAUUCUCAUCACAACUGAUCUCUUGGAUCGUGAUAUUGAUGUGCGGCAGAAAGUCUCUCUGGUCAUAAAUUAUGACCUCCCAACUCAGCCAGAGAAUUACCUUCACCGUAUCGGAAGAAGUGGAACUUUCGGGACAAAGGGUGUUGCAAUUAACUUUGUGACUGAUGACGAUGAAACAGUGCUGUCUGAUAUUCAGAAGUUCUACAAUGUGGACAUUGAGGCGCUGCCUGAAAACGUGGCCGAUUUGCUGUGAAGAAGAAGAAGGGCUACUUGUUUGUAUCACUAGCUAUGUUU